AUGGGUGUUCCACAUUCCAGCAAGGUAGCGUCAAACCCGACGCAGUAUGCUACCCUCAUUGGCGAAAGUAACCGAGACGGCGAGAGCUACCGUCAGUACGACUAUGUCGUCGUAGGAGGAGGCACUGCCGGAUGCGUCCUCGCUUCGCGGUUGUCUGAGGACCGGAACUCGACAGUAUUGCUCCUUGAAGCUGGCAGAAGUCAUGAAGGCAACUUACUAUCGCGCAUCCCGCUGGCGUACACAAAGAUGUUCAAGACCGCCGUUGACUGGAACUUUCAAACAACGCCACAAGAGGCGAUGUCAGGGAAACAAGUCUAUUGGCCUCAAGGAAAGAUUCUCGGGGGAACGAGUGCAAUCAACUCUCUCGUUCACCAGUACUGCGCUAAGGAAGACUUCGACGAGUGGGUCAAGCUUGGCGGAGAGGGAUGGAGUUUCGAUGACUUGCUACCCUAUUUCCACAAGGCUGAGAACUAUACAGCGAGCGCGCAGUCCCCGAACAAGAACAAUCACGGAACCAAUGGCCCACUACACGUCGGAUAUUCCAGUGAAGCGGCGCCCGUCAAUCAAUACAUCAUCGAGACGUCCAAGUCGAUGGGAGUGCCCUACAUUGACGACAUCAACGGCUCUCGCAGUAUCGUAGGGUUAGCGCACAUGCCAGGAAUACUCGACCCCAAAGGCCAACGAAACUCGACGGCUGUGGCGUACUUGACCAGGGACGUCCUCUCCCGACCGAACCUCAUCGUCGGCGUCAACGUCGAAGUGGAAAAGAUAAUCUUCUCGCAAGAACAAGGCUCUACACCGCGUGCGAUCGGAGUAGAACUGUCCACCGCCGCAGAUGGACCUCGCUACCGAGUGAACGCCACUCGCGAGGUCAUACUCAGCGCCGGCUCCAUCUCGACUCCGCAAAUUUUGAUGCUCUCCGGCAUUGGACCUGCAGACGGGCUCAGUCGGUUCAACAUCCCCGUCGUCAAGGAGCUGCCCGCAGUGGGCCGAAAUAUGUCAGACCACAUUUCGUGUGGUCCCCUUCGCUUCAGAGCCAAGCCCGCGUACACAUGGGAUCGAUACAACGCCACGUUUUCAGGUGCGGUGGCUAUGAUGAAGUGGCUGUUAACGGGCAAAGGCCCUCUAUCCUCCAUGGGGACGUCGAUGGCCGCGUUCAUACGCUCCGAUGAUCGAAGCUUACCGUUCGGAUCAAAGGCCUCCGAGAACCUCCCAGUCAAGGAUCUGACGUCCGGCCCUAAUACACCUGACAUCGAGCUGGUCUGGGCGCCUUUUGUCUUCGUCAACUUCGGGUUCACCCCUCCGCCUCCUGGAGCGUCUGGCAUAACAACAAGCGCUGUCGCGUUGAGGCCGGAGAGCACUGGUACCAUUACCCUGCGGUCCGGCAGCGUAUGGGACAAACCUCUUAUCGAUGGAAAUUACUUUGCCUCGAAAAGCGACAUGAAUAUCGUCGUGCGCGGCACGAGGCUCCUCAUGCGCAUGGCGCGCACGGAGCCGCUCGCGUCUGUGCUGGACCUGAAGGCGCACUCGACAGACAAGGACGACAUAUUCUGGCCGGGAGACGCGGACCCAGACAAGAUCACCGAUGAGGAGUUGAAGGAGUGGAUACGCGGCAACGCCUCGCCUUUCUUCCAUCCGGUGUCGACGGCGAGGAUGGGGCAGAGCGUAGAGACGAGCGUGGUCGAUGCGAAACUGCGCGUGCACGGCGUCGCCGGUCUGCGCGUCGUGGAUGCCUCUGUGUUUCCGUCUCACCUGUCCGGACAUCCCGCAGCGGCGGUCAUUGCGGUUGCCGAGAAGGCCGCGGACAUGAUUCGGAGCGAGAUAGGCGCGUGA